GCUGGCGAGGGAAGCCGGCAGCCGGCGAACCGCAGAGAGACUGGGUGCUGGGCCGAGUGAGGAAUCGUGAUCCUUGCGGGCCACCGUCCCGGAAGUGGCCUCCAGGGGAAGAAAGUACCGGGGUUGCUGGGGAGGAAUAUUUCUCGAGAUUCUAGGGGAGGAUUCGCGGAACUUUUGUGCCCUGUGUUGGUAGGACGGACUCAAGAGGUUUUAGUCCGAAGAGCCAGCAUCUCUGCGGAGCCCGACCUGUUUAUGAUUGGGCAGAAGGUGGCUCACGUUGAGUGAGUUCUUUUAGAAAUCCAUCUGAAAAGCCGGUCGUUUUUCCGCGGAGACUUCAGGGAUGAGCUAAUGCUUUAGUGGCUUAUCAUGGCCCAGCGAGCAGUGUGGCUCAUAAGCCACGAGCCGGGAACUCCAUUGUGUGGCACCGUCAGAUUUUCCAGAAGGUAUCCAACUGUUGAAAAACGAGCAAAAGUCUUCAAUGGAGCAAGUUAUGUACCUAUUCCUGAAGAUGGUCCCUUUCUUAAAGCACUGCUCUUUGAACUUAGAUUAUUGGAUGAUGAUAAGGACUUCAUAGAGAGUCGUGAUAGCUGUUCACACAUCAAUAAAACAUCCGUCUAUAGACUCCUCAUAGGAGGUGGAGAACUUUGGCCAGUUGUUGCUUUUCUGAAGAAUAACAUGAUAUAUGCUUGUGUUCCACUUGUUGAGCAAACUUUAUCCCCUCGUCCACCAUUAAUUAGCAUUAGUGGAAUUUCACAAGGCUUUGAGCUUCUUUUUGGGGUACAGGACUUUUUAUACUUGAAUCAAAAAAAUGACACUGAGCUAAAUACAAAAUUGAACCAGUUGCCUGAUUUGCUUCUACAAGCUUGUCCCUUUGGAACUUUGUUGGAUGCCAACUUACAGAAUUCAUUGGAUAGUAUUAAUUUUGCUUCUGUGAUGCAUUCACAAAAACAGCCAGCCUGGAAAGUUGGAACAUACAAAGGAAAACCACAAGUUUCUAUUUCUAUCACUGAAAAGGUAAAAUCCAUGCAAUAUGAUAAACAGGAUAUAGCAGAUACAUGGCAGGUCGUUGGAACUGUCACUUGCAAGUGUGAUUUAGAAGGAAUCAUGCCAAAUGUUACCAUCAGCUUGAGUCUUCCCACCAAUGGAUCUCCACUUCAGGAUAUUCUAGUUCAUCCUUGUGUGACUUCUCUGGACUCUGCCAUUCUGACUUCUAGUAGCAUUGAUGCGAUGGAUGAUUCUGCAUUUAGCGGACCUUACAAAUUUCCAUUCACACCUCCCUUAGAGUCAUUUAACUUAUGCUACUAUACUUCCCAGGUCCCUGUCCCACCAAUUUUGGGUUUUUAUCAAAUGAAAGAGGAAGAAGUACAAGUAAAAAUAACAGUUAAUUUAAAACUUCAUGAAAGUGUGAAAAAUAACUUUGAAUUCUGUGAAGCUCAUAUACCUUUUUAUAAUAGGGGUCCAAUCACACAUGUGGAAUACAAAGUUAGUUUUGGCCAGCUUGAAGUAUUUCGAGAGAAAAGCUCAUUGAUCUGGAUUAUUGGACAGAAAUUCCCAAAAUCAAUGGAAAUUAGUCUUUCUGGAACUGUAACUUUUGGAGCCAAAAGUCAUGAGAAGCAGCCAUUUGAUGAGAUUUGCAUUGGAGGUACAGCAUAUUUAAAGCUUCAUUUUAAGAUCUUAGAUUAUACACUCACUGGUUGUUAUGCGGAUCAGCAUUCAGUUCAAGUUUUUGCAUCAGGAAAACCAAAAAUAAGUACACUUUCAGAACAUGACUACCACUUUGUGCAACUCUACCGGAAACUAAUUUCUUCUGACUAUUACAUCUGGAAUUCUAAAGCUCCUGCUCCAGUAACAUAUGGAUCAUUAUUACUGUAAUUAUCUCAUGUUUAAAUAGGAUUUAUAUAAUGAUAACAUAGCUUAAAUCAUUCAUCUUUUUUAAUGUGUUUGCAUAUAACCUAUGAAUGAAAAAAAACCGAGUGAUUUACUUAUAAAAUGCUCUUGUUUAAUGUUUUUAGACUGACAUAGUUCGAAAGAACAUUUUAAAGGCUAAUGCCUCCUAUUUUGUUACCCUUUAAUUUUAUUCAAAUGAAAUUCAGAGUAUGAAACAGUCAUGAUUCACUGUAAGCUUAUUUUAGACUGGUCCUGGGUCACCUUACCAUACACGUUCUUUCCUGUCCCUGUGGCAGACAUGGCCAAUCAGUUGCAGCUUUCUUGCUCCACUGAGCCUUCCUGGAUGUGGGCUCAGGCUCUUCAUUGCAGAGGUGCAGGCAGUCACGACUAAGGGAUUGUAGAUGACGUGCAAGAUAAAAAACUCUUUACCCUGUCAAACCUGAGUAGUAAGCUGCUAGUACAAUGUGUUGUUAUGGAAAGCCAGGUAGCAACCAGAUAACACAUCAGAAACCACUGUAAAUGAUUUUGGGGGGGGCGCGGGGGGAGGAGAAGACAGUCAAUGACAACAAAGGAAUAUUGUUUAAAUUGUAACCUAUUCUUAAUCAGAACUAGCUUAUUGACUAAUAAAGAAUCUGGAUAAUUCUA